AUGUCCUUCAAGCUAUCUGCAUCUUUAAAGGGCCAUGAACAGGAUGUUCGGGCAGUGAUAUCUCCUUCAAAUGAGACAAUUGUGUCCGCAUCAAGAGAUCAGACUGUUAGAGUGUGGAAUAAGGCUGAAAAUUCAGAGAACCAAUGGAAUGACGGGAUCAUAAACCAUCGUUCUACUGGUUUCAUCAAUAGUUUAGCCUAUUUCCAGGACGAUGGCCUGGAAUUGAUUAUUUCUGGGGGUAAGAACCAACUGAUUGAUCUCACUGCUCCUUAUAGCACUCAAGAAGAAGAUCCAGUAUCCGUGUUGAUCGGACAUGAGGCAAACGUAUGUUCUCUCGACUCCAAGGGCCCCUUGAUUAUUAGUGGGUCCUGGGAUACUACAGCUAAAGUCUGGCAAGAUGGUUCGGUUUUAUAUAAUUUGAAGGGACAUUCUGCCUCUGUUUGGGAUGUCAAGAUCAUUGAUGCCGUUAAUCAUGAAUUUCUUACUUGCUCCGCCGAUAAGACGGUUAAGAAGUGGAAAGGAGACAAGGUGAUCCAAACUUUCACGGGACACACAGAUGUUGUCAGAGCAUUAUUGCCGCUAGCCAAUGGAUUUGCCAGUUGCUCCAACGAUGCUACAAUCAGGAUCUACGACUACAACGAUCCCAGACCAACUAAUAUACUCACCGGCCACGAAAGUUUUAUAUACUCUCUAGGAGUUUUACCAAAUGGUGAUUUAGUGAGUUGUGGGGAGGACAGAAGUUGCCGGAUAUGGAGUGAUCAUCAAUGUCAACAGGUAAUCAAUCUACCUUGUGUUUCUGUGUGGGAUCUGUCUGUCCUACCUAACGGCGACAUUGUACUGGCAGGAUCCGACGGUAAUAUUAGAGUUUUUUCGGAAGAUCCUGCAAGGCAGGCUUCAGAAGAAGCAAUUGCUGAAUUUGAAGAGCUUCUAGCCAAUUCUGCCAUCAGUGAAUCCACCAUGGACAACAUUAACAAAGAAAAGCUUCCGUCAUAUGAAGCUCUCAAAACGCCAGGGAAAGAAGGCCAAACAAUUAUGGUGAAAAGUCCUGUUGGAGUGGUAGAGGCUUAUAGUUUUACAGAUGGUAAGUGGGUGAAAAUUGGAACAGUAGUUGGAGGAUCAGGCAAUGACACUAAGAAAACCUAUCAGGGAAAAGAAUGGGACUAUAUCUUCGAUAUUGAUGUUCAGGAAGGAGCCCCACCUUUGAAACUUCCUUACAAUGUAAGUGAAAAUCCGUUUACUGCAGCUGCGAGGUUUUUGGCUGAUAAUGAUCUACCAGCUACUUAUGCUGACCAGAUUGUUAAAUUCAUUCUUAGCAAUACCAAAGGUGUGGAGCUGGGAUCAAAGGAUCCUUUGGAGGAGUCAUCAAUUAACAGAUCUAGUCUCAAGAUCUUUCCAAUCAAAGAAUAUUUGCCAGUCAAAUUCUCCUCGACUGAAGCAUUGAUCAAGGGAGUUACAAAGCUGAAUACGACUCAGAAGCAAGGGCAACUGACUGCUACACAAAUUGACGAGAUUAGACAAGCUCUGAGUGGUGGAGGUGUUAACCGGAAUGUUGUACUAACCUACGCAACACAAAUUAUCCAAAAGUGGGAUAAUAAUUCGAAACUGGUUGGUCUGGACUUACUGGGUUCUAUCAUAGCGAAUGUACCUACCCCACCUGACAAUCUUUUUGACCUUAUCAACACCGGUUUGAAGGUUGACAAGGCCCCUAAUACGUUCAUGCUAACUUUGAGAUGCUUGAACAGCAUUUUCCAGAACAGAUAUUGGGGAGAGUCGUUAUUAAGAGAUGAGACUCUUAUCAAUGAGUUGUCAUCGUAUGAGUUCGAUAGCUCUUACUUCGAGAAGAAGAACGUUCAGAUCGAAUUGGCUACCAUGCUAUUGAAUUUUGCUGUUUUAACGGCGAAGUUUAAUGAACUUGCUUUACAGGGACCAAUAUUACGGGCUAUAUCCUCUUUUGCCAAGUCAAUUAACGACGAAGAGGCCAGAUACAGGUUAUUGACAGCUUAUGGAACAAGUAUUUCUGCACAGAAGGUUGAUUCGGCGGAGCCUACUUGGCUGGAUGUAUUUGAAAAAGAGUAUUCCACGAAUCAGAGGUUCGUCGCUGUCAUCAAAGAGAUAAAACUGUUACGGUCGUAG